AUGGCUCGCUCCUUCCACCGAUUCAGUCUCAUUCUCGUUCUUAGCCUAGUCCUACUUGGCUCGACGGUAUGUCACGCGCAACCAGAUCAAGACUACCCUGAUCCCGCAGGGGACACUACCUUGCCGGAGGACAUGGGCGUGCCUCCGGACCAGCUCGACCAAUACACAGACCCGAACGCUUUCAACGAAGGCGAAACUGCUCCCACCGAUGCAGUUCCAGGCGAGGAUGCGCAAGAUCCGUUCCUUCCCCCGGAAGACGCCUACGUGCCCGACGAUACUACUCCCGCAGACGAGCAACAGCCUGCUGGCGAACCGGCUCCGGGGGACAUCCCCUCAGAAACCACCACUGCGCCGGACGACAUUCCCCCGGAAACCACCACUGCGCCGGAGGACAUUCCCACUGAUACCCCUCCCGUUGAAGAUGCAGCCCAGCCGACGGAUACCGCGUCUGCUGCGUUUGCUCCUGACACGACCGACGCUAAUUUCGAUCCUGACGCCGCCACUCCCGUCGACGCGACGGUUCCAACAGAAUCUGCCACCGUGGCUGUUGAUGAUACGGUGACUGCGGGUAACGGCACGAUGUACGACUUCCAAGGCGCGUACGAUAAGAUGAAGGGUGGCGAUCUCUCCACAGAGGCCAUUAUUGGUAUCGUCGCUGGGGUUUGUGGCGGCAUGGUCCUUGUCAUGUUGUGCGCGUGCAUCUGCUGGAUUCGCCAACGCAACAUCUGGCGAUCCAGAUACGGAGAUGGCAAUGCAGGAGCAAUUGAGAUGUAG